CCGCCCACGAGAGAGGAAGUGGCUUCUCCCUGGACCCCGGCGCGUGCAAAUGCCGGGAGCCAGGCUCCGAGCAGCGGGCCCCCCGCAGAGAGGGGGGCCUAGGGGCCAGGAGCGGCGGCAGCAGCUGCUGGGGAAGCAGUCGGCGCCGUGGCCCAGGCCGCGCAGCCAAGAAAAGAAGAAAGUGAAUUGCAAGCCCAAGAACCAGGAUGAACAGGAAAUCCCUUUCCGUCUCCGGGAGAUCAUGAGGAGCCGCCAGGAGAUGAAAAACCCCGUCAGUAACAAGAAGAGGAAGAAAGAGGCCCAGGCGGCCUUUAGAAGGACGUUGGAGAAGGAGGCGAGGGGAGUGGGUCCAGACAUCGCGGUCCCCAAGUUCAAGCAGAGGAAGUGGGAGUCUGACGGGGCCUACAUCCAGCGCAUGGAGCAGGCGGCCCAGCACGUGCUGUUCCUCAGCAAAAACCAGGCCGACCAGCAGCCCGAAGCGCAGGUGGCUCCCAAGAAGAAGUCGGAGGGGAAGAAAGCGUUCCUGAAGCGGCGGCGGGACAGAGUCCGGAAGAAAAGAGAGGAAAAGGCCGCGGAGAGGCUGGAGCAGGAGCUGCUCCGAGACACGGUGAAGUUUGGUGAGGUCGCCCUGCAGCCCCCCGAGCUGACCGCCCAGCCCAGGAAGAGCGGGAGCGCGGGCCAGCCUGGCAAGAAAUCGCUGAUGCUGGCGAUGCUUUUGAGCCCUGGUGGCGUGUCCCGGCCUCCACCCACCUCCAUGGCCCGACAGCGGAUCAUGGCGGAGGAGAGAGAGCGGGCUGUGCAGGCCUAUAGGGCGGUAAAGAAGGCGCAGCGGCAGUCGCAGGGGCCUCCGUCAGCCCACCUCCCUCCCAGGAAGAAGCCAGAGACCUGCCUUUGAGAGACUAGGGUUCCUGCACUCGGUGCGGUGAGGGGCCGGGGGUCCCCAGAUCAAAGUCCUUUCCCUGGACGCACCCCCCGACACAGCCUGGUGCACCAGCUCAGAGUUCGGGAAAGGGCUCGUCUUGGCUCUCAUUUUUUCCCCCCUAAACACUCUCUCAAGCGAGACCAUCCGCCAGGCCCGUCCCAUGGACAGCAUCUCCAUGGCAGGGCCAGCGCCUGGUUGAGUCACAGCCUGUCACACCUGGCACUGUCCCCGAGCAUAGCAUCACCCUCACCUGUACUGCACGCACAGGUCCGGGCUGAGACAACCGCAGGCCCAUCCCCUACUCCCAUCCCUAAGUGCCAGUUGAUUGUAGACGCUGUGGACUCGGGCGAGCCGAAUCCAUCACAGGCUCCGGGAUUCACCUGAGCAGCACGGCUGGACUGGAGGCCGGGGGCAGCCAGUGUGGGGAGGGUGGGGCAGGACCCACCAGGGGUUGCUGGCACCUACACUGCUGGCUCCCAGUGCCAGUUAAGUCCCCACGGAGGCAGCUGGAGUCCGUGCACGCCUUAGUUCUGACGUGGAGGCCGAUGACAGCACCACACCAAGGGGUGUGGCAACAGGAAGCGUUUCUCACCGGGGAGCGGUCCUCCAAACAAGACCUGGUGCCUUUGGACACUGACCUGACAGGUUCCCAGCUCUCAGGUGCACGCCUCUCCCUGCCCACGAUACGGAGCCAUUUCUGUCCGGGACCACUGUUCCCUCUGGUGGGGGGUGUGGUGCUUAGAGACCAGCAUCUGGGUUCUAGGAAUGUUCACUGAGGCUGAGAUGUCCUUGUUUCUAGACCAUUUUUGCAAAUGGGCCUUAGGAAUAUAAUUUUUUAAAUGUAUAUACAUGUAACUAAAAUUCUGAGUUUGUAUUGAUAUUUGCUAUUAAAUUUUAAUAUUUUA